GGCGUCCAUUUCAUGUUUACUCGUCAAGCAAGUUGUCGUCGCCUUGUUUUUCUCUGAGGAUUAAAACUAGAAACUUUUUUUAUUGACUUCUGGACUUUUGUGUCAUUUAAUGAAGAACUUGCUUUCCUUCUUCCUCCUAGUUGUACAAACACACAGCGUGACGCCUGUGAUUCACACGCUGCAGUAUUUCCGCACUGCAUCCUCUCAAGUUCCAAACUUCCCAGAGUAUGUGAGUGUUGGUUAUGUUGAUGAAGUUGAGAUGAGUUACUAUGACAGCAACAUCAGGAAAGCAGAAUCCAAACAGGACUGGAUGAACAAAAUCACAGCAGAGAAUCCAAACUACUGGCAGAGAGCAACAGAGGCCAAUUUUGUUGCUGAACAUGUCUACAAAGACAACAUUGAAACAUUUAAGAAGCAUUUCAACCAAACUGGAGGUGUUCACACUUACCAGGAGAUGUAUGGAUGUGAAUGGAAUGAUGAGACUGAUGAAGUUAAAGGUUGGGAGCAGUACGGUUAUGAUGGAGAAGAUUUCAUAUCAUUGGACAUGAAGACAUGGACAUAUAUUGCAGCAAAACAACAAGCUUUUCCCUCCAAACUCAGUUGGGACCAGAACACAUUUCUACGAGACAGCAAUAAGUAUUAUUACACUGAGUUAUGUCCUUCUUACUUGAAGAAGUAUGUGGAGUAUGGGAAGAAGGUCCUAAUGAGAACAGAGCUUCCAGAGGUGUUCCUCCUCCAGAAGACGCCAUCCUCUCCGGUCAGCUGCAUGGCGACAGGUUUCUACCCCGACCGAGCCGACUUGUUUUGGAGGAAAGACGGCGAGCAGAUCUUGGAGGACGUGGAGCAUGGAGAGCUGCUCCCCAACCACGACGGAACCUUCCAGAUGUCGGUGGAGCUGAAAGUGGAGGUGACGGCCGAGGUGGAGGGCAAGGACCUGGUCACCAAGCUGGAGAGAAAAAGCAUCCUGAGCAACGCAAGCCAUGAAGGCAACGUGAGCGUCACUGCCACGCUGGCGGUCCUCGCUGCGGUGGUCCUCCUGGCGGCCCCCAUCAUCAUCAUCUUCAUCAUCAAGUGUCGCCGAAGCAGACAAGCCCAAUACGAUCCAGCUGCUGGUGACGGUGGUAACGAGCUCUCAGAGAGACGUGAAGGCUGAAGGCUGAGUGACACACAGCAGUCGGCACACAGUGAGGACUUUGCUUUUUCACGCACCUCCAAAUGUUCUUCUGACUUUGUGUGAAGAUGAUGUUCACUCUGCCACAUGCUAACAUCUGCACUUGGAUUCACCUGCUUUUGUUGGGAAUGUGCUGAGUCAUCUUCUUCCUCCAGCAUACUUUGUGCACUGGAACACAGAGAGAUGUCUCCAUCGCUGAGGGACCUCAUCACACUUGGACAUUUCUUUCACAUCUGCACAAAUUACUCCUCAUGUUACAUGAUGUCUUCUUUGGCUAUUUAUGGCUGAGCAAACACCUUCAAUCUGCAUUUUUCAACAAUAUUUUGCCAGUGAAUCAUGUUGAUGUUGAUCUUUGUGUCCAUGUAGUUGUGAUGUCAUCAUUUGGGGCUCAUGUGUCAUCACAUUAACAAGGAUUUCGUCUUUCCUUUUCAAACCAAUAGACAGCUGCUUAUCCGAUAAUAUCACCUUGUGUCACAUGUCAUCAUUAUUUCUACAAAUAUUUUGGAACAAUAGUACCAUUUUUCUGGACUGUUCUACGUUAAUGCUAUUUUUUUAUGUAACAUUUAAGAAUGAUGAUUAUGAGAACUGCUGUCCAGUUGUUAUAUCUUGUUUUCUGAUUACAUUAGUCUCUUUUGCAAUGUAGUUGCACUUCCUAGACCAUUAGAUGGCAGCACUGUAUAACUAUUUAUGGAAUGUUGGCAAACUAGAAAGUAGCUUUUUUCCAGGAAGAUUAAUGUGUUAGGUUGCGCCCUACAAAGUGUCAAUACUGUAAGACUAGUUCUUAUUACAUAAAAUUGUAACAUUUUAACUAUAAUAUUAGUUGUCGUUUCCUUUACGAAAUCCCAAGGUGUUGAAAUCACCAUGUAAAAUCGCUCAUGUUAAUAGUAGCCUGUCUCUGGCAAAUCGUAUGUAAAUUAGCAAUAAGAUAGCGCAUCUUGAAAGAGUGUCGCAUUACUUUACGUUUGAGUUGUUUUUUUAUUAAGCACACUGUGUUGGUGUUGAAAAUGGCAACAUGACUUAGAGGGAGUUUUGGCUGAGUCCGGCCUGAGUGCUGCUUGAGUGAUUGUUUACGUGAGCCCGUGUUUAGUCUGAGAGCAGACAUGACCAGUCUGAAACCGGACAUGACGUCACAUGCAACAAAGGUAUCGAACUAUGGCACCCUUUGAUUUUACGUGAAUUGAUUGGAACAGGGGAAUUUGGUCAUUACCCUCAAAAGUACUGAAUUCGGUACCCAACCCUACUAGUUAGUGUGACACAAUAUUUUUAUGACAAGGCGUUGCAAAAUAUUUAUAUUUUUUGAAAACCUUUGCUGUUUUUUCCGUUCAUUUUUGCAUUGUCAUAUUUUUGCUUGAUUGGCAAACAUCCCGAGGAUGUCAUUUGGGAAGUAAACAAGGUAGGCUGUUCAUAUAUUAUUGAUAUUCAGUGUUUUAUGUGUACAAUGUUUCAUGUACAUUCUUGUUGUUUUAUUCAGUAAAAACUUGUCAAAUACAA